ACAACAAGAUCAAGCACAGCCACAGCUCGUCCCUCUCAACGCCGUCCCAAAAUCCUUUGUCGCUGCACGAUGACCUCCGAGGAGAAGUCUGCCACCCCUCUGGCUGUUGUGGAUGCAAAAUCGCCAGCCAACCAGUAUCUGAUACAUUUAUUAGAAAACAAAGGAACCGUAAGCUUCCAGAAUCCAACAGAAGAAAGAAUACGGCUUGUAUUUGAGAUCUUGGACAAGGUUACACCUCAGCUCGGAGUUUUCUCCAGCGUGCUGAGCCUCAUCAGAGGCGAAAUUCAUGAUGCUGUUUACAGUCCCCCUUUCAUACAGGGCCAGGCUUGGACUCGCUGUGAAGCAUUAACACAAGUGCCCUAUUUUACUCUCCAAAGACGGAUGCAGACUGAGCGAAACGAGGAAGUGGAUAAAGUUAUGUCUGAACUUCUUGAAGUAAAAUCAAUUUUGCUACAAAAGGAAGAAGAGGUACACACCCUCCGAGUAGCAUUUGAUGAUCUUUGGGAGCAAAAGAGAAAGUUAGAGGCAACUGUUUCUACUCUCCAACAGGUGCUCAUGGCAAAAACAAGUGAAACCUGCAGAUUAGAAGAAAAAGUACAAUUUCAAGCCCAGCUUUUGGAAACGAAGAAAUGGGAGAGUUUGCAAUCUGUGAGCAGUCUGAAAGGACAGCUAGAUGCAGUGCAGGAACAUGUGCAGAGACUGCAGGAGCGCAAUGCGGCAUUCGAUGCGUUACAGAAAGCGUUCCAAUCUCCGCUGGCGAGAAAUAAGAUGAACACGUUGUUACCGGCUGGGAGAUUUCCUGCUGAAUGGACGCCGUAUUCCUUGUUGUAUAAGGCUCAUGUCAAAUCCUACCUGCAGACCACAAGACAUGUCUAUCAGCAGCUGCUCGCCGUUCGGAACAGAGUCAUGGACGACUUCGAUGCCAUGUUGGAGAACCCAUUCCAGGCCAAGGAUGACAAUCAGGAGGUAUGUUGAGGUGAA